UGCAAACAGACGCAUUUAGCAGAGGUCUGGAGCCAGACCCCGUCACUCGUCCAUAUGAUGGUGGAUCAAGAUCGCCCGUCACAGGGACAUCCCAGGGCUCAGGAUUCACCAUAAUGUCACAUGGCAUCGGCGCGGGCACUGGACGUGCGUGAUCUGGAUGUCGUGGUCGCUGACGCCGAGGACAUCAUCCGUGCCGCGGCCGUGAGCUCGCUUAAGCGCUUCGGCUUCCAGGCGAGCCACGUCCACGAGGCAGAGAAUGGCGACGAGGCGCUGCAGAGGGUGCUCUCGAUGCAGGACUCUGCCGGGUGCCGAUCCCCCGUCAUCGUCCUCCUCAACAUGGCGGACUCCGCCCGCAGCAUCGUCGCCCUGUUCCGGGGCGGGCAGCUCCUGCGCGAGCCCUUCCUGGUCAACGCCUCCUCCAACCGGACACAGCACGCCGACCACCACAGGCUCUUCCACUGCUCCGUGCCGAAGACCUUCGAGUCGGAGAAGCUGCGGCAGGUCUUCGAGCAGUGCCAGAGCUGGUGGUCGCAGGGCGGCGGCGAGCCGGGGAGGGUGGAGCUGGAGUCUCCUCAGAGGCAGAGGUCCGUCAGCGAGAUGCUGGCGGCCACGGCGCUGAAGUUCGGGACGUCCAAGCACCUGAAGGACGCGACGCCUCCGAAGCGGGCCUCCUCCGCAAAGCGGUCUGCCGUCUCCGACGCCGCCACGACUUACGCCUCCGAGGCGUGGAAGGGCCGAAGCCUGGACUCGCUGCCCGUCAUCGACUUCUUCGACGAGGGGAAGGCGGGCAAGCCGACGGGUGGCAACACGGUGGAGAGCCUCGACAGCCUGCUGCCGCCCCGCCCGCCUUUCGAGGACGUGCGCAUGAUUUGCCUCGUCGGUCGUGGGUCCUUUGGCAGGGUCUACCGGGCGCGGUGGGACGCGUCCACGGUCGCGCUAAAGGUCGUGGAGCACUACCAGCAGGAGGCCCCCACGUUGAUGGCCUUCGAGGGGGCGCUGUCGGCGAGCCUCGCGCACCCCAACCUCGUGCAGACGUUCAAGUACAGCAUCCGCGACGCGACGUCCCGCGGGAGCACAGAGGGCGGUGCGCUCAGGGCCUCCGAGGUCUGGAUCGUGCAGGAGUGGUGCGGGCUCGGGACCCUGAGCCAGAAGAUCUCCAAGAAGGAGAUCGUGGAGAGAGGCGGCUUCAGCGAGGUCGUGGAGGUGUGCGCCGAGAUUAGCUCCGCGGCAUCGUACCUGCACAGCCGGGGCAUCAUCCACGGGGACCUGACGGCCUGCAACGUGCUGCUGGUCGAGCGGCGGUGCCCCAAGCAGUACGUGGCGAAGAUCACCGACUUCGGCCUGGCCCGCGUCCUGGACAACGGCGCCAGCAAGAUCAACACCGCCACCAUGGGCACGGUGACCUACAUGCCCCCGGAGCUGUUCCAGCUCGAGGGGAGCGCGCUGACCAAGAAAGUCGACGUGUACGCGUUCGGGGUCAUCACGUGGCAGCUGUGCACCAGCGGUACGCCCUUCGAGGGCCUGCAGCCGACGCAGGUGGUCGUGAUGGUUGCCCAGGGAGCCACCCUGGAGCUGCCCCAGGGCGUGCCGACAGAGCUGGCGCGGGUGUACAGGCAGUGCGUGUCCCGAAACCCAGAGUCGAGGCCGGCCUUCGAGAGGGUCGUGCAGAUGCUGCUCGCCAUCCUCAGCCUGGACGCCCCCGGCUCCGGGGGGUCCAAGGCCCUCCAGGAGACCUUCGCGUGACCCCCACGGGGGCCGCCGCGGCCCUUCACAGCGCGCGCGGCGCACGCGGGUGUCUGCCGCCGCGCGCGCCCUGUUCCUUCCGAGGCGCCGCCGGCACCGCGGAAUGCCAUUCUAGGCCCUCCUCCCCCGUCGUCCUCGUCGUCACCACCUUGCCUCCUAACCUUCCCUGGCGCUCCUGGGAUCUCGAACUCGCAGGGUAUCGCUCUCAGACUUUGGCGUUUGACUUCUAUGCUGGCCGCCAGACCGCUGGGCGCUGUAGCCUUCAUUCCCGUAGGCUGCGACUCUCGUCCGGGGCCGCUCGCCUCCCAGCCAAGGACUGGACGCGAAUAGUAUUAUUAUCAGCACCCCGUGCUUCAAAGCGCCUCCUCCUCCUCCUCCUCCUCCAGUAUGAGCACCGCGUGCUUCAAGUGCCUCUGCUCCGCUGCCGGCCGGGGGAGCGUCGCGUUUCGCCGGGGCCGCCGCCCGCGACGCGCCGAGAGCGGAAGCUCUCGCCCGAGCUCCCCUCGGUUCCCGCCUCCAUCGCAGCCGCGCAGCUCCUUUCCGGGUGCCUUGGCCAGCACGCUUUUA